AUGAGAAGACAAAAACUCACAGACAGAGAAACCUCUCUAGCCCGGCAACACGAGAAGCGAAUUGGAACGUCAGGUGCAAAUGAAAGUGGAAUGAAUAGUGCCUUGGAAGGGGCCAUUAUCUCGCCACAGAGCCGGGUGAUCGGCCAUUUUACGUCGUUGCUCUCUAGUGCCUUGAAUGUAUCACGGAGCACCGGCACCGUAAAGCAGCCGCUUCAGUCGGUAUCUGAAAAGCUCCCUUUCAUUUUCUCCCGAUCGAUCGACGCUGCUGCCCUAUGUUGUAGUGUGCCAUCGCUGCAACUGAAACAAAAAGACCCGACCUUUUUCCCGCGUUCUUCAAAACCGCUGGUAGAAGACGCCGCUGCUUUGAAUCUUGGAACACCCUUACGUGUUCACCGAUCCGAUUUGAAAAGUUUGCCAAUCACAUUAUUGUGGAAUCUCAGUCGAUCUUUCCUAUCCUUGGUAGAUUCACGAUUGCGGUCUUCACAAACCGCUUUGGUAAGGCAAAGUCGAAGUAGGCAUCGGGAAGAUGACGCACAUUCCCGCGUCCUCGUUGGUCUUUUGGCUGCGUCUUCUACUCCAAUCAAUCCCACAGCUGUCGUCACAACUUUUCGUGCUCUGGCUUUCUCCGAGCGUGUCGACGAAGGUGACUACAUUUUACCUAUUGUUAUGGAAGCAGUAUUUGAUCUCGAUGUUUUGGGCCAUUUCAUGACCGUCACGAUUGAAGCUCCAGGAACCAUUCAAGGAAGCUUUGUCGGCAACAAUCACAUAGCAGGUCCGGUAGAGCUGUUAAAAAUCGAAGUUCAACUAGACACGUCAGCCAUGCUCAAGUCGAUGAUGACUGAAGCGCGUUCUGUGGUGCGAAAAGCCCUUGUCGUAGCCACCGAAAUAGCCACUAACCUUCUUCACUCGACCCCGUCGAGAGUCUCAUACCACGAUACGACGGAUCUGUUGGUGCUGCAAGGUUCAGGCGAAAGAUCUGUGAGAGAGAUGCUUCCUAAUAGUACCUCUUCAGAUACUUCAGCGAACGGAUCUAGCGCAGCUAACAACAGCGACACCUGUUCCGAGCAUCCACAGAUGCUUCCGCCUCCUGCGCGGGGAAAGAGUGAAGAGCUGUCUCACAAAAGAAGUACUGAAACUUCGGACAAAACCAGUGAUGCAUUCUCCUUGGAGACAAAGAACGCACCAUGGGGCAAGAAUAACACCUGUGGCGACAAAGAAGACAUCGACUUUUUGGAAAAUGAGAGUUUUGUGUCUGAUUUGUCCGGAGUGAAACGGGAAUGCCUUGACCAACAAUGCCUGGGCGUUGAUGAUGACAGUUUAUCCAUAGGAUCUCGAAAGCGGCUUAAGACGUCUCCGUCUGAAAAGAGUCGUACCACGGAAAAUGAAGAGCAGCCGUCAACAGUAGACCUUCCAGCUGAGAGCUCACGCGAUCAGGACGAUCGACCAUCUCGUCCUAGCAUCGAUGUGAAUGAGCUCUGUGUCCGGAUUGCAAAGGUAUAG